UGUCCUUAUAUAACACAUCUAUAAAGUGAUAACAUAUCUCUCUAUAGUUCUCUUUCUCUAUCCCCUCGCUUUAGAUUUCACACCAAUCAUGGCAGCUUCUGCAACAACAAAGCUCCUCGUAUCCGACAUCGCUUCCGUCGUUGAUCACGUCCCUUCAAACUACGUCCGACCAAUCUCUGACCGUCCAAACAUGUCCAACGUUGCAACUUCCGGCGAUUCUAUCCCUUUAAUCGAUCUCAAAGACCUCCAUGGUCCCAAUCGAGCCAACAUUAUCAAUCAGUUUGCUUAUGCAUGCUCCUCUUAUGGCUUCUUCCAGAUCAAGAACCAUGGAGUACCAGAAGAAACAAUCAAGAAAAUGAUGAAUGUUGCGAGAGAGUUUUUCAGGCAGCCAGAGAGCGAAAGAGUAAAGCAUUACUCAGCAGAUACCAAAAAGACAACGAGACUCUCCACAAGUUUCAACGUUUGCACAGAGAAAGUCUCUAACUGGAGAGACUUCCUUCGACUCCAUUGCUACCCUAUCGAAGAUUUCAUCAACGAAUGGCCCUCAACUCCAAUAUCUUUCAGAGAAGUCACAGCUGAAUACGCCACAAGCGUUAGAGCCUUGGUUCUGACACUUCUUGAAGCAAUCUCAGAGAGUCUAGGCCUCGUGAAAGACCGUGUAAGCAAUACAUUAGGCAAACAUGGUCAACACAUGGCCAUAAAUUACUACCCGCCGUGUCCGGAACCCGAGCUAACGUACGGGCUUCCAGGACAUAAAGAUGCAAACUUGAUCACUGUUCUUCUUCAAGACGAAGUCCCUGGUUUACAGGUGUAUAAAGAUGGUAAAUGGGUCGCUGUUCAUCCUGUUCCCAACACUUUUAUAGUCAACCUUGGUGACCAGAUGCAGGUGAUAAGCAAUGACAAAUACAAGAGUGUUCUCCAUAGAGCAGUUGUGAACAGCGACAAGGAGAGGAUAUCGAUACCAACAUUCUAUUGUCCAUCUGAAGACGCUGUGAUUAGUCCUGCCCAAGAGCUGAUCAGUGAGGAAGAAGACUCUCCUGCUAUCUACAGAAGCUUUACAUAUGCCGAGUAUUUUGAAAAGUUUUGGGAGACAGGAUUUGCAACUGAGAGCUGUAUUGACUCGUUCAAAACCUCCACCAUCUAAGAUACUGUACUUGAGAAUCAAUCAUCAGUCAUGUUUAGGCCGUGCUUUAGUUCUUGAUGGGAAAGUCAAAAACCCAUUUUGUGUUGCCAUUUCAGAAUAAGUAGUUUUCUUUAGUUAACAAAUGUACUUGAGAAAUAAAACAAACUGCUCUUGCAACAUGUUGAACUCAUUUUGUUUUGUAUGUACGUUUACAUAUUGUAGAAGACAUUCAAGAA